CGAUGGCGCGCGCGCGCGGUGCCCCCGGCGAGUCAGAGGGUGAGAUGCCUGGGAAUGGGGAGGCAGGGGGCUCGGAUGGAGCAGCUCGUGUCUCGCCUGGACAGGAGAGCCCUCUCGGAACCGAUGGCUGCGCGCCGCUUGGAGUCCCCAAUGGGCGCUUGGAGGCGCUCGUUUCGGUCCCAGGUGUGUGCCAAGGGCGCGCAAGGAGCCUGCGGGGCCCUGACGCCUGGUUUCGCGUGUGUGGGGUGAUGGACGGCCUCACGGAGGCGCUGGACGCGAGCGAUGACGACCCGGCCGCGUGGAGGCUCAGGACGACGGUGGUAGAGGUCAAGCACCGCGUCGCCCCCGCGAACGUCCAGGACCCCCCGCCCUUCCACGACACCCUCCAGCUCCUCACCUACAUGCUCAUGCUCGACGGGGCCCGGGGCGGGGGG